AAAUGGAAAGCAUCGCGCACACGACUGGCUGAUGGGGAUGAACGAAUGAUGAUGAUUAGGUGAUGGAUGCACUGUUUGGUGGAUCACUUCGUUUCUGUGCUGUUUUGGAACGCUCGUACGGAAGUUAGAAAGGAUCUUGGCUCGAUAAAUUACGCGUUGAAGUGCCAGCAACUUGAUAACAGAAAUUGACUGCGACUUAUCCGUAUUAAAACCGUCUUAUUCUCGCUGUAUUCGGCAGUCACCACGUUCGGGCAUGCUAAUCGCCAUCGAAAGUGUUGAACAAAUUCGCAAAGAAAAGUUCAUAAAUUGAUAAAAAGGUCAAACUUUCCCAAAAACCAACAGGGAAAACCUUCCACGGAAGAAGUGAACGGUUCAACGUAAAGGCGGAUGGUGUCGGGAGGAGUGUGUUUAGUAACUUUCCUUGUGGUAGAAAGAGCUAGAGCGCCAGUUGAAUACCCCCGCCGUGCAACGAGCAAGGGAAAGAACGAGAGGUGAAAACCUCUAAAAAGAAAAAGCAAGGUGCAUCAUCGCUCCGCAUACAGAGAACAUCGUCAUCAUCGUCAUUACUAUAUCACCAAGUGUAAUCGUGAAAUCGCGUUAAUCAACAAGCAAAACCAUUCAAAAGAUUUCUUACAAUUGGAUGGCCGGUGGCCGAGACAAGCUGGACCGAACACAAUGGAUGAAGACUUUCUGGCGGACGACCAGGUCUCCGCUUCAGGCGAUUCGGGAGCAACAGAUGCACACCUGUCAUCGGUGGUGUCUGAAGACCACCGUCGGGUGAUUAUCCAUAUCGAUAUGGACUACUUCUACGCCCAGGUCGAGGAAAUUUUGGACCCCAGCCUGCGGGAAAAACCAGUCGGCGUGAAACAACGGUUUAACGUCGUCACGUCCAAUUAUAUCGCUCGAGAGUAUGGUAUACGAAAGAUGAUGCUGAUAACAGAAGCCGUGAAGCUUUGUCCGGAACUGGUUCUGGUGAACGGGGAGGAUUUAACAAAGUACAAAAACAUGUCCUGCCGGAUCAACGAGAUUAUGCACAAAUAUACGCCCAAUGUGGAGAAGUUGGGACUUGAUGAGAAUUAUCUGGACGUGACACAAGAAAUUCAGCUAAGACUGGAACAACGUGAUUGUGAUCCAAAUACGGCGAAUACAGUAGAAGGUUUCAUUUAUCCACCGGUAGAAAAGGACAGCGGCCUUAGCGACAAGGAAGCGUUUCGAAAAGCGUGUGGAUGUGGUUGCGAUCGGCGCCUUAUUUUUGGAACCCAUUUGGCGAAAGAAAUCCGAGACAGCAUUUUUAGGGAGUUGGGUUUGAAAUGUUGCGCCGGAGUAUCCCAUAACAAGUUAUUGGCAAAACUUGUCGGUAGCGCCAAUAAGCAGAACAAACAAACGGUACUGCUUCCGAAUUGUGGGGCAGAUUUCUUAGCUUCCUUGGGGUCUGUCCAAAGUUUAACUGGGAUUGGCGAAAAAACUGCGCAAAUUUUGGAGGAAAUUGGUAUAAAAACUGUUCGUGAUCUGCAAGAAGCACCGCUUGAGCUGCUAACCAAGAAGCUGGGCCAAGAGCAGGCAAGCCGUCUCAAGGAGAUAUCAUUUGGCAAAGAUGAUACACCAGUGAAACCAACUGGUAAACCAAAAUCCGUAGGUCUGGAAGACUCGUGUCCAGCAAUAUCACUUCGAGCGGAUGCGGAGGAUAAAUUUCGCCAUCUUUUGGUGCGGCUGGUUAAAAACAUCGCGGAAGAUGGACGAGUGCCGGUGGCUAUAAAAGUUACGGUUCGUAAGUACGAUUCCACGAAGAGAACGAGUCAUCGCGAGUGCAAACAGGACAAAAUUUCGCCCUCCUUCUUCCGACAAAAAGACGGCAAAUUAACACUUGUCGAUGGUGCUCCAGAAAAGAUUCUUGCUACGGUAAUGAAGGUUUUCGAGCGAAUGGUAGAUCUCCAGCAACCGUACAACAUUACCCUGCUAGGUUUAUCUUUUUUCAAAUUCCAAGAACGGAAGGCGGGUUCCAAAUCGAUCGCCAAUUUUCUCAUAAAAAAAUCCGACAUUGAAGUUCAAUCCAUCACAAACUUGAGCAACGAAUCGCUCACAUUGAGUGACAGCUUCUCAUCGAAUAGGUCUUUUCCGACGGCAAUGGAUUGUGAUCCAUCGACUAGUGCGGCUGUGUCAGAUUCCGGUUCAAUGGCAUCGCUGUCUGGUUCGGAAUCUGAUGCAGAACCGUCCCCGAAAAAAUGCCGUCGCUUGGCCUCAUUUCUAGCAAGAAAGAACAGCAGCCUUAUGCCAGCUGCCGAAGACGAUUCUUCGUCGCCCAGCAAACUGCGUGUUGCAGAUCUUAGACUGAACUCGAAAGAGUACGACCAGGAACCUUGUAGCAGUAACAGCAAUCAUCUGACCGACAUUCCAUCUACUAGUACUAAAUCACCGGGAGGCUUUUUUCGUAAUCACCUUUCAUCAUCGACUCCUGCAAAGCAGUCCCCGUUAACAACGCCCUCCAUUCCAUCCGCCAGCGCUAGCUCGACCCAUCCUCUCGUAAUGGCCAGCAAUAGCAGCUGCAGUAGCACCGAGUUGCCUCCGAAUGUAGAUCCGGAAGUGUUUAACGCGCUGCCUUCGGACGUUCAGGAAGAGCUGCUGCAAAAUUGGCGCCUCACUAACACCGCUUCUGCAACUUCCUCGAACUCGACAACGGCCAGUGGAGGUGAGUCCAGCUCAAAAAACACGUUAUACCGAUAUUUUGUUAAAAACACCUAGCGAUUAGUGGCGUCGUAGAUUCUCGUUUUCUUUCCCUUCUUAUUCGUGUUGAUUUUUAAAAUACAAGAAAGAUGAAAUUAAUAUUUAUUGCCACCGAACACGAUCACUGUCCUUCGUUGUUUCUGUUGAACAAAUGUUACGUUAAAAGUUAUUGAAAGUGUUAGGUUUCUCAAGCACACAUCCGUACCUAAAUGAAGUUUCUGCUAACAAGAACGUUUGCUUUUGAGUAAGGAAUUCUCAGCCCAACUCCAACUGGCGCACUGCUUCGAACAAAAGACAUCAUUUAUAUCAAAACUAGCGCUACUCAGCCAAUGAAUUCUUUUCCGACACACCCUGCAACAACCUGACCGGACGAAGAAUGUAAUCGAUAGCGGAAAAAAUGAUCCAAUAAAAGCAUACAUAAAAUGUAUCACAGCAGAUGGAAAGCAUCCGAAGUGAUCGUAAUAUAGUGAA